UACUGAGUUGAUCUCUGGGUUGAUCAUCUGCAACCUUUUAAAGAAUUGCGUUACUAUAUGUGACUUGUACAACACAUAUUCCGAUUAUAAUUUAACGUUUUUUCAUAAAGUGAUGCGCAAGGUACAACGAUUCAGAUUAGAUUCUCUGAAUGACACCUCCCGCAUGUAUUGAUGUGUAAAACGUCCUCUAAAUGAUACAUAUUUUUGCUCUGUUACAUUUUUGAUAGGACAAAGAUGAAUCAUCACAAUGAGUUCCAAGCUGUUGUGCUUGCCGGAGGGAAGGGUUCCCGUAUGACAGAGCUCAUGGCAAGCACACCCAAAUGUCUUUUGCCGAUUGCGAACAUUCCGAUGAUCUGGUAUCCUUUGCAGAUUCUUGAACGUUCAGGCUUUAAGGAGGCGAUUGUUGUAAUUGCUGAAGCAACCAAGUCUGACGUGUCAGUAUCGCUGGACAAGUUAGGUCUGAAGAUCAAAAUAGAAUUUGUGGGAAUCCCUGGAGCUGAAGAUCUCGGUACAGCUGAUUCUAUCCGACUUAUUCAUGAGAAGAUAUACACGGAUAUCCUAGUGAUAUCUUGCGACUUGAUUGCAAAUGUAGAUUUGUCAGACAUUCUGAAUCUAUAUAGAAAACACAGCGCGAGUGUAACUGCCUUGAUGUUGCCUGCACCGAGAUUACCGAAUGAUUUCGUAACACCAGGCCUGAAAAACAAGCAGAAACCAGAAACAGACUUGAUCGGCAUUGACAAUAAUACAGGACGACUAGUCUUUUUGGCUUCCUCAUCUGAUUUCGAGGAAACGAUCAACAUCUCGCAAAGGCUUCUUAGAAAACACGCCAGCUUUACCAUUCACUCCAAACUAAUGGAUGCACAUUUGUAUAUUAUUAACAAAUGGGUAGUAGACUUUUUGGUAUUUAACAAAACUUUCACAACGCUAAAGGGUGAACUUCUGCCAUACAUAGUUGGCAAACAAUUGUCCAGACCUAAACAGUGCAUAGAUGAUAAGACUUCCAUGGCUCAAAUGGAUUUGAAGGAAGAUAUCUUCCAUUUUGCGAUGGAGAAAGAAAGCUCAUUGGAUGAGUUGAUAAAAAAAAUAUCAGCCUUCAAUGAUCAUAGCACCGAUCUAGAGGAUGCUUAUAAUGGAGAUAUAAUACGAUGUUACGCUUAUGUGUCGAAUGAAAAGUUUGGUCUUCGAGCAAACACUGUGCAAAUGUAUCAUCUUGCAAAUGCUAAGAUAUCAGAAUGGUGGGAUAAUGAUAAAAAUAUCAGUCAGUUACCAUCAAGUGUCUCGAACACAGCGAUUGUGCGCAGUACACAAAUGCAAGAAUGUCGCAUAGGCGACAAUUCGUUAAUCGAAGAAAAAACAUCAUUGAAACACAAUCAUAUUGGACCUAACAGUGUUGUGGAAUCUAAAACAAGAAUAUCUCAGAGUGUGAUAAUGGGACACGUAACUAUUAAGCAAAAAUGCGUUAUUCACAAUUGCAUACUGUGCAACGGCUGCACCAUUGAGGAAGGCACCGAAUUAAAAAACUGCUUAGUUGGAGCACAACACGUUGUGAAAUCUGGUAGCCAACAUUCUUGCGAAGUGCUUACUGAUGCAGAUAGGCUCAUAGAAAUUUAACUAUCCAUUUUAUAUUAUUAAAUAAAUUAUUGUAAAUAUUAGAUUAUAUUGUUGCGCGCCGCGCGUCGUCCGAUACAUUCGAAAUUUGAAAUAAAUAUCUGAAUUGAACGGGAAAUAUUUGUAAACAAGACGAGAUGACAGUUUAGCGUCGGAUUCCUGCCGAGGAGGAUGCCUCGUUGUUCUGUUUUUUGUGUUUGCAAUAAAGUUGGUGUUCUUUUAACAAA